AGGCUUGGGGAGUGAGGUGGGAUGCUGAUUUCUCAUUCCUUGUCAGCAUCUCUAGCUUUAGUUGAGCAGUUUCAACUAGCACCAAUGGCGCAGGUGCUGGGCAUCUCCUUCACAGCCACUGAGCUGUUGCUGGUGACCGCCAUCUUCAGCCUGGUCUUCUGGGCCAUCAGAUCCUCCACAUCUCGGGUGCCCAAAGGCCUGAAGAGUCCGCCAGGGCCCUGGGGGUGGCCAGUGCUGGGGCACAUUUUCACCCUGGGGAAGAACCCCCACCUGGCGCUGACCAGGCUGAGCCAGCAGUACGGGGACGUCCUGCAGAUCCGCCUCGGGUCCACCCCCGUGGUGGUGCUGAGCGGCCUGGACACCAUCCGCCAGGCCCUGGUGAAGCAAGGUGAUGAUUUCAAAGGCCGGCCUGACCUGUACAGCUCCUCUCUAGUGACCAAUGGCCAGAGCUUGUCCUUUAACCCUGACUCUGGGCCCGUGUGGGCUGCCCGCCGGCGCCUGGCCCAAGAUGCCCUGAAGAGCUUUUCCAUAGCCUUGGACCCGGCCUCGACAUCUUGCUAUCUGGAGGAGCACGCGAGCAGACAGGCCAAGAACCUCGCAGACACUUUCCAGAAGCUCACAGCAGAGUCCGGGUGCUUCGAUCCCUAUGAGCAUCUGGUGCUGUCGGUGGCCCAGGUCAUCGGUGGCAUGUGCUUCGGGGGGAACUUUCCCCAGAACAGCGAGAUGGUCACUGUGGUGACCACCAGCCAGGACUUCCAGGAGGGAGCCUCUUCUGGGAAUGCGGUGGAUUUCUUCCCCAUCCUCCGCUACCUGCCCAACCCCUCCCUGAAGAGGUUUAAAGACUUCAACCAGAAGUUCAUCACGUUUCUGGAGAAAACAGUCCAAGAGCAUUACCAGGACUUUGACAAGAACAACGUGCGGGACAUCACGAGCGCACUGUUCAUGCACGCGGAGAAGGAGUCCACGGCCAAGGGGGUCCCGAUCCCCCGGGAGAAGAUCAUCAACAUCAUCAACGACAUCUUUGGAGCCGGGUUUGACACCAUCACCACGGCCAUUUCCUGGGCCCUCAUGUACCUGGUGACCAGGCCUGACGUCCAGAGGAAGAUCCACAAGGAGCUGGACGCAGUGGUCGGCAGGGAGCGGCGUCCCCGGCUCUCUGACCGACCUCAGCUGCCCUACCUGGAGGCCUUCAUCCUGGAGACGUUCAGACACAGCUCCUUCGCCCCCUUCACCAUUCCCCACAGCACAACGAAGGACACCACGCUGAACGGAUUCUACAUUCCCAAAGAGCGGUGCGUCUUCAUCAACCAGUGGCAGGUCAACCAUGACCCGAAGACAUGGGGGGACCCCUUUGAGUUCCGCCCAGAGCGCUUCCUCACCGAUGGGGAGACCACCUUGAACAAGCCCCUGAGCGAGAAGGUCUUGCUGUUUGGCCUGGGCAAGCGCCGGUGCAUUGGGGAGAUUCCUGCCAAAUGGGAGGUGUUCCUCUUCCUGUCCACGCUCCUGCACCAGCUGGAGUUCAGCCUGACGCCCGGCGUGGAGCCCGACCUCACCCCUAUCUAUGGGCUCACCAUGAACUAUGCCCGCUGCCCGCAUUUCCGAGCGCAUCCCCGCUCGGACAAAUAAACAAGGCCCUGCGGUGCCAGGGAAAAGGGGGCACCUGUGGGGCUUGGGUUUGAUUGCUUUGCACUUGUUGAUUUUAUGGAGAUAUAAUGCUUUUCCCAUAGGUCACAUCGCCUGUAGGAUACUCACAGAGUGAUGUAACCAUCUCCCUGUACGCCCAGCACCCCCAGGAUCAUUUGCAUGUCACGACUGUCCCCACUGAUCUGCCAUCCCCGCCCCCCACCCCCAGCUAUGAAUCUACUUCCUGUCUCUAUUGCCAAGCUUUUGAAGCAGGGAAGAAAUGAUCUAGACCAAACCCAGACGCCUCAAUAAACAACAAGCAGACACUGCCGUGUUUGUCAAUCUACA